CAUAAACAGGAAAUGUACCAUAAUAACCGCAGGAAAGGUGUUGUCAGGAAAGCAACUUAUUUAGGCUUUUUAUAAUAAAACAACUCACACGCGUGCGCGCUGCUGCGGUAGACGGUACCUGCACGGCGAGACGAUGAGCUCGGGGUGCGCCGGUGAGAUGGAGCUCCUGACCCUGUCAGACCCCGCGCCCCCGGAGGACACAGCCAAGCUCAAGCACAGACUCCUCACGGCGUGGAACAGCCUGAAAUACGCAGGCUGGUUUCUGAAGUCCAAGCCUCGCCUCAGUAAGACUGAUCCCCUGUGGCUUCUGGGGCACAGUUACCUGCUCAGCCAGGACGGUGAGCGAGACAGGUUUCGGCGGGCCUUCUGCUCUCUCCUGUGGUUGACCUAUAGGAGAGGCUUUGAGCCCCUGGGCGGUUCAUCCUUUAGCUCAGACUGCGGCUGGGGUUGCAUGCUCCGCGCUGCUCAGAUGUUACUCGCACAGGGCCUAGUGCAGCUCCUGUUACCUGGAGGCUGGACGUGGCCGGGUGCUCAUCAUCAAACCAGAGACGACCUGGACGUCACCAGCCCCCACCAGCCGGGUCCGGACCCGCCCCGCGGGGUCCAGAGAACGCGCAGCGAGGGUGCUGCCCUGGAUGGCGUCGGGGCUGGUGACGAGCGUGCCCACCGGCACCUGGUGGCCUGGUUCGGUGACGCGCCUUCCGCCCCCCUCGGCCUGCACCGGCUAGUAGAGCUGGGCAGGGAGUCUGGCAAGCGUCCGGGAGACUGGUACGGCCCCUCCGUCGCGGCGCACCUCCUCCGUAAAGCUGUAGAGCUGUCUGAAGUGGGCAGCAUCGCUGUGUAUGUAGCUCAGGACUGCACUGUGUACAUGGGGGAGGUGGAGAGGCUCUGCCAGACGUCCCAGCCUCACGUCUCUACUGGUGGCAGGUCUGUUAUUAUACUGGUGCCUGUGAGGCUUGGUGGAGAGGCACUCAACCUCGCCUAUGUGGACUGUGUGAAGAAGCUGCUCCAGCUGAGUUGCUGCAUUGGGAUCAUGGGCGGGAAGCCCAAACACUCAUUAUAUUUUGUCGGCUAUCAGGACGAACACCUGCUGUAUCUGGACCCGCAUGUCUGCCAGGCCACGGUAGACGUGAGCCAGGAGCUCUUCCCUCUGGAGUCUUUCCACUGCAGGACGGUGAGCAAGAUGUCCUUUCACCGCAUGGACCCCAGCUGCACUCUGGGAUUCUAUGCCAAGAGCGGGCAGGACCUAGACACACUGCGGGCGCUGGUCACCACGGCCCUGACCUCCUCCACAGAGAUAUAUCCCAUGUUCACCUUCGUGGAGGGCACUGGGCAGGAGGAGCGCGUGGAAGCGGAGCUGACCCCCGACCCUGCGGUGCAUGUCCCGCCCGAUGACAAACGGAGGCGGAGCAACAAGCGGAACAGCACAGAUGAAUUUGUGCUGCUCUGAGAGUCUGGGCUGCUAUUACGCCAUCGCUGUGUUUAAAUACAUUUACAAGGCGCAGUAACGUAGCUUGUGCUUGGUGAGGCGAGCAAAGAUGUUUUAAUUUUUUUUUUUACACAUCAGAACACUUGAGAGCAGUUUUUACACCUCUGCAUUGGACUGUCCUAGUGUCGUCACUAGUGUGUAAUUUAUAAAACUAGUAGCCUGUGUAAGCUAACCCAUCUGGCAUGUAUUGGACUAGUGCAUCAACCCAGCUGUCUUGGCUUCAAAACGGCCUCUGUCGGUUUUCCAAGCUCUAAAUGUGUUUCCACAGCAACAGGGCAUUAGUGCAUCAUGUGUGACCCUGACCCGCUGGGGAGUGAGUUCUGUGUAUUGCUUUAAGCAAUGGUCUCCCUAGUCCUUGGGGACCCCCAGCCAGUCCAUGGUGUUCCUGUCUCCCAGCUGAACUAGCAUUCAACACCACUCAACACUUCUCUGCCUGUGAUGGGACGAUGGACAAAGUAAACACGUGGACUGGCUGGUGUCCUGUCAAAACCGUGUCCAGAGAUGCACCUUCCACAAAGCCCACAAACCACUGCUAAAUCGUGGCAGGCCUGGUUGGAUGGCAGGCAGGUGUGCAGGAGGUGGAUUCCUGACCCCUGACCUCUGACUGGAGUGCUUGCUGUUGGACUGCUGGUGUGGUGUGCAGAGAGAGAAACAAACGCACCUGAGCUCUUAAAGAUGAAAAAACAAAUACCUCUGACAUAUUUGAUCAAAAGUGUGUGUGUGUGUGUGUGUUUUCUGUUACAGUUCUUUUGAAAGACCCAUUUCCUGUGAUGCUGACAGAGACUAGGAGCUCUGGUUAAUUACGCUGACCCUCCCUAGAGCAGCAUUGCUCCUGUUAUGAUGCAAGGCAUCAUGGGAGAUCAAAUCCAUCCUUGGAUGUCCACACCACUGUACACCCCACUGCUGUAACAGAACUGAUUCCAUUGAUCAGGUGAUGAUUGCUGUUGAUGCAGGGUGACUGUACAGUGCUCAGUGCCGGCACCCUGGCUGGAGUGGAGCUGCAGAACCAUUUUGUAAAAGACUGUUUGUGUAUAAACGUUUGCUUGUUUUAAAUCGUUAUAUCAUUCAUGCUUCAUGUCUGAAAGCUGGAAAAACCUGAUUGGUGUUUAUAUAUUUUUAGAAGUUUAUUUAUUUCUUUGAAGUAAGGUGUGUGUGUUGUGUGUGUGUGUGUGUGU